AUGAAACGUUAUUUCAAAGACACUCAGAAAACAACUGCAGAAUCCAAUCCACCUAUGAGCUAACGCUUAAAAAGAGUCAACUCUCUUGGUAUUUUGGAAUCUCCCUUUAGGACUAAUAAUCAAAAAAUAAUGCUUACGUAAUCUUCAAUUAACAAAUUGAAAAAUGAUAAAUUUCAAAAAUUUACAUCAUAAUUAAUAUCAAUAAGAUCUCAACUCUAAAAAAAUAAUCUCGAAAAUCUAGAUUAAUAAUCUUACCUUUAGUCUUGUUAUAUGAGCAAUCUCUCAAGUUAGCAAUCAAUUAAAUCAUGUCUAAAUUCAAUCAACAAUAAUAAUCCAACCAAUAUGGAUACCAACAGACGUUCAAGUAUUUCAAUUAAUCGAAAUCGAAUUCAUAAUUCCACUCAUUCUGUUAAUAAAUUCAAAAAAUCGAAUUUCAGAUUUAUUGAACAUAUUCAAAAUGGUAGAGGUAGAAAAAUGUAUGAAAAUGGGUUCACCUAUGAAGGCGAAUGGGAAGAUGGUCUAAGGUCUGGAAAUGGAACACUUAAAGACACUAAUUAAAAGAUCAUUUAUUAAGGAGAAUGGCUAUAAGAUCACUUUGAGGGUAAAGGAAGGUUCAUCAAUUAAGAUUUUUAAGAGGAUUAAUUUAAUUUAAACAAUUUUAAAUCAUUUUAAUUAGUUCAACAUUAAUUCACUAUUUAUGAGGGGGAAUUUAGAAAUGGAUAAUUCUUUGGUAAAGGUGUUAUGUAAUUCAAUUGUGGAGGAGAGCUCUAUAAGUUCGUUGGCCGAUUUUCAUAAGACACUUUUCACGGAGUUGGAACCCUAUUGCUAGAUGAUGAAAUUAUAUUGUAAGGAAAAUGGAUCUACGGUUGCAUCGUAUGA